AUGACAAUCAAAUACCUCAUUCUGCUGUCCCGGCAGGGCAAAGUGCGCCUAGCCAAGUGGUUCACCACACUCGCCCCCAAGGACAAGGCCAAGAUUGUCAAAGACGUCUCGCAGCUUGUCCUCGCCCGCCGCACGCGCAUGUGCAACUUCUUAGAGUACAAAGACACCAAGAUCGUCUAUCGCCGAUAUGCCUCGCUCUUCUUCAUCGCCGGCUGCGACUCGACCGACAAUGAGUUGAUCACGCUCGAAAUCGUCCACCGCUACGUCGAGCAGAUGGACAAGUACUACGGCAACGUCUGCGAGCUCGACAUCAUCUUCAACUUCCAAAAGGCAUACUUCAUCCUCGACGAGCUGCUGCUUGCGGGGGAGAUGCAAGAGAGCAGCAAGAAAAACGUGUUACGGUGCAUUGGACAGCAAGACAGCCUCGAAGAUAUGGAGGCUGAGGACGAUAUCGUUACCAAGAUUAUGUAA